GUGAGAUUUUGUGAAUGAAAAGAUUUUUUCAUAAAUUCAUCAAUUGAAAUGAUACUUACCAAGUAUCAAAGAUGCAUCAAAUUACAUAUAAUGUUGGCAUUUUGAUCAUGAUGUGAAAAAAGGCAUUAUUUUCAAAAUAAGAUUUUUCAAGGUGUGUGAAUAGAUUUGAUUCUGGAAGGUUGAAAGAAAGCCUUAUUAUGUAAGAAUUUGGAGGUGUUUAUAUGUAGGAGCAUUUACAUUUGCUAAUGCAGGUUGUUCCUCUAUAAACCUGGCAAGCUUGGGAUGAAACAGGUGAUGUGGCAAAAAAAAAAAAAAAAAAGAUGAUGAUAAUAAUAAAGGCAUAUUAAUGCAUAUACAGUACUAAUUCCGAUACAAUUUACAUAGGUAGACGUACUGGAAUUCUUAAUGGCACUGUUAGUCAUAUGGUUAAAGCAUCUACUUUGUAUUACAAAGUAGAUUUUGCACAUUUACAUUUUGAUACAUUACCACCAAUUGCACUACUUUUUUGUCUUUGAAAACAUAAUUAGGGCUUAAAUGUAAGAGGCUUAACCCAUUAACGUCGGUAUAUUUUGAAGCCGAAAAUAAAAGAUUCCGGGCGGCUACAAAAUCGGCAGGCAGAGCUGCCCUGGACUCUGUCCGCCCACCUGCCGUGGCCUGCUGCUGCAUCAGAGCGCAAGCCCCAACAGAGCAUAACACUGGCGAGAUGCCCGGCAAUGUUAAUUUUUUUGGGUGUCUCAUAUGUGGACACCCGUUGUUAGUGGGUUAAGCUAUCAUAGUAAUAUCAACAAAUUCAAGUCAGAUAACUGAGGCCAAGUGGGUGUCAUGAAACUAAUGACAGCAAUUUUCAAAUAAUUAUCCUGAACUAACCUGUGUGGUCUAAUAGGGGCCUUCUUUCUAAGACCAACUAUUUCAAGAAGAGGAACAUAUAUUAAACUUUGUGCUUGUUCUCGCUCCCAACUUCACUCCCUCACUCCACUCCUCUUUCUUUUUUAUCAAGCCCUCUUUCCAUCUCUCUUUUUUUAUAUCACUGUCACUCCCUCCUGCUCUCCAUCUCUCCCUCUUUCAUAGUAAUUAGGUACUUUUAGUCCUCAAUACUGUAUUGCAAAAAAAUUUAUAAGGAUAUAUGUUGCAGGUUUACAAGUAUGGUAUAGCAAGAGUAAGAUGUAGUCGAGACAGUCAAAUGAUGAUAUUUAAGCUGUUUGGUUAUUUAACCAUUAUUCUCAUACUGUGAAUAUUUACUGUCACAGAUAUUACUGUUACUGAAGUCUGCUCUACUUUGUAAACAAAACAAAACAAAAAUUAGUCAUUCAGUAUAUGGUCAAGAGUAAGAUGAACCUCCUCUUCAGAUGGAGAUGGACACCCAAUGGAUUGGAGAGGAAAGAACAAGUGAAUCAUGGCAGACACCUACUGGCCACCUUCCACACCAGUGUUCCCAGUGUGACUUCAAUACAACUGAUGCCAAUGAGCUUAAGAAACAUGCCUUUAAACACAAAGUGAAAAAAAUGCAUUCAUGCCCAUACUGUUCUUAUUCUUCACCUAGAAAGGCAUUGGUGAAGGAACACAUAUACAGCCAUACAGGAGAAAAACCGUAUCCUUGUCCCUAUUGCUCUUACAGGGCUUCCCACCGGAAUUACUUGACAGAGCACAUUCGAAGACACACUGGAGAAAAACCUUAUGUGUGCACACUGUGCUCAUACAAAGCUACACAAAAGUCUAAUUUGAAUGUUCACAUGGCAACAAAACAUCCUACAAUAUGAUCAUUACCUUCAUCACUUACUUCUUCCGAGUUUUUACAUUUGUGACUGCAUAUUUGUAGACUGUAUUAAUUUUGUGUAGAUUCCUUCAGUUGAUGAUGUUAAGAGCUAAAUUACUCUACAUAAUUUAUGAGAGUUAGUUGUUUUCAAAAACCUAUGAUUUGCUUGCAAAGUCUAACUUAUGCUUUCAUUAGCAUACUUCCAAUCUAUUUUUAUUUUACUGUGCCUAUUCAGCUCAAAAUCAUCAAAGAAAAUAAAAAGUGAAAGUAUCAUAUGUCUCAUUUAAAAGGCCUGUGCAUGGUUAGUCUACCUCUUUACCUGUUCU